CCGCGCCUUGCCCCGCCAAGGCCCGGCGCCGUGACUCAGCACCUGGGCGCGGGAUGGGGCCGCGGCCGGCCGGGAGAUCGGGCAGGCAGCGCUGAGCACCGCGCACACGGAAGGUAGCAGCUGGUAGAGGGGACGGGCGCGGGGGUUGUUUGAAAGAGAAUUCAGGUCUUUAAAACAGCUGUUGGAUGAAAUCUUGCUACAAGGAUUGUUGAAGAUCCAAGUGUUACCAGCAUUUGAUUUCAACUUUCAAGUAGAGAAACUGUCAGCUCCAGCAACAUGGGGGAUGGUGUCAACUUGCAGUUCCGUCAGCAGCUUCUGCUCAUUGAUGAAAAUCUGGGGGCUGAAGAUGUAGCAGCUUUAAAGUUUCUCUGUACUGACUUGAUCCCCUUCAAAAAACUGGAAAAUGUACAGUCUGCAGUAGAUAUCUUUCAGCUUCUUAUGGCUGAAGAUUACCUUAAUGAGGAAGAUACUUUCCUGCUAGCUGAACUCCUAUAUAGAAUUAAAUGUCAUUUCUUGCUCAAUAAACUUGGCUAUACCAAGGAGAAAGUGCAAGAAUGUCUGCAUGAGAAGGGAAGAGUGUCUCCAUACAGGCAGAUGCUGUAUGAACUGUCAGAGAACAUUACCGAUGAGAUGUUGCAGGAAAUUGUAUUCCUCCUGAGAAACCGUCUCCCAAAGCGACGUAGAACUACUUCUGCUCUAGAAUUGCUGAUUUUAUUGGAAAAACAGGGCCUUUUAACGGAAAACAAUGUACAGAUGCUGGAGGAAGUCUGUAUGAAUGUUUCACCUGAUCUCCUGGAAACAGUUAACAGCUACAGAAGGGCAAAAGUGUCUCUUCCUCAGCAGGAGAAUACUCUGCCAGUCAAGGAAUCUACAGUGUCUCACACUGUAGGCAUCAGAGCAUUGAAUUUCCCACAGGGUACUUCAAUCCGAUCAAUCAGUUCGAACGUCAACAAUCAUUAUGCUGAAGAACCUCAUAGCCUUUGGGAGCAUGUUGGAAAUGUGCACUCCAUACCGAGGAGGCAAGAUAACAAAGCGGCUACUCUUACACAAAGCUUGUCUAAAAUGAACCUGGAGCUGCCUAGAGAAUUCAGCAAUGCAGAAAAUGCAUCCAAGAAGGUGUCAAGUUACAAAAUGGAUGGCCCAAAGAGAGGAUUUUGUAUUGUUAUUAAUAAUGUUACAUUUGAUGGGGUUCUUCAAGAGAGGAAGGGUUCUUCUAAAGAUGCUGAGGAGCUAAAGAGAGUAUUCACAUGGCUUGGUCUGGAUGUGAAGACUUACACUGAUCAGACAUCUGAACAGAUUAAAGAACUCAUGGAAACAUGGCAGCAAUUGAAAGAUCACAAGGAUAGGGACUGUUUCAUUUGUUGUAUUCUAUCUCAUGGAGAGUCAGGAGCAAUCUAUGGGAAAGAUGGAGAGCUUGUAUCAAUCCGCAUGAUCAUGUCCUACUUCACUGCCAAACAAUGUCCACAGCUAGCUGAAAAACCCAAAUUAUUCUUUAUCCAAGCUUGCCAGGGUAAAGAGAUACAGCGUCCUGUCUAUGUUGAAGCUGAUGCACAAAUUCCUGACUUCCCUUCUAUGCAACAGAGCCUUUCUCCUUCUGAGAGUAUUCCUGAAGAGGCUGACUUCCUCCUAGGCAUGGCCACAAUUGAUGGAUAUGCCUCUUUCCGGCAUGUUCAACAGGGUACUUGGUAUAUUCAGGCCCUGUGCAGCAAGCUGCAGUUGUUGGUACCAAGGGGUGAAGAUAUUUUGUCCAUUCUUACAGAAGUUAAUGAAGAUGUGGGCAGGCGUGUUGACCGCUGGGGGACAAAGAAGCAGAUGCCUCAGCCAGCUUAUACCCUAAGAAGAAAAUUUAUAUUCCCUAUACCUAGAGACCCUCCUCCUUCACAGCAAUAUUGAGGCUUUUUAAAUACAUACUUUUGUCAUCACAUCUCAUUUAAAUGCAAUUCACUGCACUGCCUGUUUAAGGCAGUUACUCAGACUCCUCGGGAGCUGUUAGUGUCAAGGCAAGGCCUCUUUUUUUUUUUUUUCCCAAAGAAACUGUGAGGAUACACAGUUAAUACAAUCCAUGUGCCAGCUAUUUAAAUAAUACAUAUAUACACAGAGAUUUAAAGGUUGGGAGAAGCAUAUUUCUAUCAUGUUAAACAUUAUUGUGCCUGCAGACACAAAAGCGUAUGUCCAUCAGCAUAAGAGUUACAUGUAGCUUUCUAUAUAUUCUUCAUAUAUCUAAACCAGGAUGUUAGGUUUAGGCUCAUCGUGUUUUAUUUUGCAUGCUAACAUUUUUUAAACCUGCCUCUAAAACCACUAGUUUUAUUCACAGAGAAAGACAAAGGUGGGAAUAAGAGGAGAAAGCUUAAGUAGUAGACAGAAGGAUUUUGUUCAUCUCUAAUUUAAAUUAUUUUUUUAACAUUAUGGAGAAGCAGGUAACUGUUGAAAUCAGCAAUUUGUUCAGCAGUGCUCACUGAUGCCAUGUAAUAGCUAACGUGAACCUCACGUACAAUGGUAUGUUUCCAAAAUUGAGUAUAGCCAAAAUGCUAUAGAACUCCCUCCGUGAAAACUUGUGAACUGUCAUUUCCCCAUCACUUCUGGGAAUAAAAGUUAGGGUAGACCAGUUAAGCACUGUGAAAUAAUGGCACUCAGCUGUGUGUUUAUCAGAUUGAUUAACUUUAAGUUAAG